GUUAUGUACUCCCAACUUCAACCAUGGAGUACAGUCGGCGUUUCACCAUGUAUGGAGCAGGUCGCAGGUCCUCCGAUUCCAACCAGAGUUGGAGAAUUUUAUAAGACUCCAAGGCCGCAUCCUUGGCGACCUACUUUGGGAUACGAGGUCGUAGAGAUGGCUCCCUUGCCUGCACAGCCAAUAACGAAUCUACUGGUGGAUGCUUGUCGCACGUCACAUGGAUUGGCGGCAGAGUCACUGAAAUUUCCAAAUUUGGUGACCGGUUUUGAUCGCAAUCCUUCGCACGCAGCACGUGCUGCGCUUUACACGCGAUACACUCCAUGUGAUUGGUUACAGAAUGAAAUCAAACUCUACAAUGAAGCGAAUGCGAAUAGAUAUUAUUCUGAAAAAUUGUGCAAGAACAAUGCAGACUUAAUGCGAGAAGUAGAUGAAAAGAUAAAAGAAGGACAAAUAGAGAGUGGUCGAAAACUCGGGGAAAGAAUCACAGAUGUUACUUUCUGGCGGAAUGAAGUGGCAUCAGAAUUGGAAAGAUUACUCGUAGAAAACGGUAAAAUGCAGGAUAGUCGUCGCAAAUUGCAAACCGUGAUCCAAAUUCUUGAAGGACAGUUACAUAUUGCGCAAGAAUGUCUUUAUCACCGGGAAUCGAGAAAAGGCAUUGAUUUGGUACAUGAUGAGGUCGAAAAAGCUCUACUAAAAGAAGUUGAAAUAAUGAGAAAUUCUGAGAAAAAAUUGAAACAGAUCAUGGAUAGAUGUAUUAAUCAGUUAACAAAUGGUAGAGCUGUGCAGCAUCAACUACAGAUUGAUAUACAAAACAAAGAAACAGCCCUGGGAAUUGAUAACGUGUGUCAUCAAAUGAACAAUUUUACUCGAGGUCUGCAAUAUUACGGUGGUAUAGAAAGAUAUGAUUCCAGUAUUAUUACGCCUGAAUUUUGGACAGAAGCGACAAAUAGUAUAGUGAAGAAAUCGAAGUCGGAACGAACAAAAUCGCAUCAAUUACGAAAUGAUAUUGACAAUGUUAUAAAUGCGAUAGUCCACGAAAUAAGCGAAGCUUGGGCUAAAACCAAUCAAGCGCUGGAUAGACGAAUUGCUGAAAUGUUGGAAGCGAAAGAAAAAUUACAAACGCACUUACACAAGAUUCAGAAAGAGAUUUUUGACGUCGAAAAGAGUACAGCAUUAAUACAAAAGACUAUCGCCGAUAAAAGUCCAGUAUUAAAAGUAGCGCAUACGCGACUGGAGGCCAGGACGCAUCGUCCAAACAAUGAAUUAUGCAAGGAUGAUGCUCAAUUCAGGCUGAACAAAGAAGUAGAGGAUAUUAAUAAAAUAGUGUAUGAUUUGAAUAUGAAACUGCAACAAUCUGAGACGCAACAUCAGCAACUUUUGCGCACGAGAUCUAAUCUGGAAAGCAAUUUAAAAUCUAAGAUAGAUGCAUUGUUCAUUGACAGAGAAAAGUGCAUGGGACUCAGAAGGAGUUGUCCGAUUUCGUCGAUUGUGAAAUACUGAAGAGGUUAGAUUGUAGUGCACAUAAAGUUUUUACAAAUUUUAUGAU